AUGUUGAUUUUUCUAUCAAUUUUCCUAAUUUUCCCAAAUAUUUCCAAACAAGAACAAGACAACAAAGUUUUUGUGUCAGAUGGCGAAACAAAACUUUCAGAGUUCACAUCAUUUUGUGGAUCAGGAUCAAUUUCCAAAAGAAUCACAUUUUUCUUGGUGGAUUUGUUCACCAAUUUACAAGAUGAUUUGAGUCAUUGUUGUGCAAUUCAUGAUGAUUGUUAUGAUGCUCAAAGAGGAAAAAUGAAAUGUGAUAAGGAUUUUGAGAAAUGUACGAGUAAAUUGGAUGAUUUAUUUUCGACGAUAACUUAUGCAGCUGUUCGUGAACACGGAGCUGCAGCUUACAGAGCUGCAGCUAAUGGUAUACCUGAAGGCUUUUCAUGUGAAACAUUCUAAUUUCACUUUGUUUUCCAGAUGACCCUCAAUUAAUAUUUCAAACAAGAGACACUUCAAUAUCCAAGCAAUUCGAUAAUCUAUAUAAUUUUUGUAAAAAAUCAAAAGCCAAUAUAUCAUCUUGUAUCAUAAGACAUGAACAUUGUAAAAAUCGAAAAAAGGAAAAACGACAAACAUGUAGAGUUUGGGUAACUUUUGAAAUAUGUUUGAAAUGUAAAUAGCAUUUCUAUAUUUUUUUCAGUUAGCAAGCUGUCUUUUAUAUACUUAUGGACACCGAGAGAUCAAUGAAAAAUGUGAUGACAAAAUUGAAAAAUUUAUCGAGAAAGAUUUGAAAAUUAAAAUCGAUGAUGUACCAUUUUUACCAGAAUGA